AUGUCAAUAAAUUACCGGGUUAAGAAGCUGCGCUCCCAGGUCUCUAGUGACCGGCUUUUAAUCAAAGGAGGAAAAAUUGUCAACGAUGAUCAGUCAUUUUAUGCAGACAUUUAUGUGGAAGAUGGUUUAAUAAAACAAAUUGGAGAAAACCUGGUUGUUCCCAGUGGUGCAAAGACCAUCGAUGCCUACAGCCAGCUGGUGGUGCCGGGGGGGAUAGACGUCCACACCAGGCUGCGGGUGCCCGUCCUGGGGAUGAGCAAUGCUGACGGCUUCUACCAGGGCACCAGGGCAGCCCUGGCCGGAGGCACCACCAUGAUCAUUGACCACGUCUGCCCGGACGCUGGGACCAGUCUCCUGGCUGCCUACGAGCAGUGGCGCGGGGCCGCCGACAGCCAGGCCUGCUGCGAUUACUCGCUGCACGUCGACAUCCCGCGCUGGCACGAAAGCCUGAAGGAGGAGCUGGAAGCCCUGGUGAAGGACAAGGGUGUGAACUCCUUCCUGGUCUUCAUGGCCUACAAAGACAAACUGCAGUGCUCCGACGCCCAGAUGUACGAGAUAUUCUGCAUCCUUCGGGACCUGGGGGCCAUUGCCCAGGUGCACGCUGAAAACGGAGACAUCAUCCAUGAGGAGCAGAAGAGGCUGCUGGAGCUCGGGAUCGCGGGGCCGGAGGGGCACGUCCUCAGCCACCCCGAGGAGGUGGAAGCGGAGGCCGUGUACCGCGCCAUUACCAUCGCCAGACAAGCCAACUGCCCCUUGUACGUCACCAAGGUCAUGAGCAGAGGGGCCGCGGAUAUCUUAGCUCAAGCAAAGAGGAAAGGCGCGGUUGUGUUCGGGGAGCCCAUCACCGCCAGCCUGGGCGCCGACGGCUCGCACUACUGGAGCAAAAACUGGGCCAAAGCUGCAGCCUUCGUCACGUCCCCCCCCAUCAGCCCGGACCCCACCACGCCGGAUCACCUCACCUCCCUCUUAUCCUGGGUCUCCGGGAAGAUGGACGAGAACGAUUUCGUAGCGGUGACCAGCACCAACGCUGCCAAGAUCUUCAACUGCUACCCCAGGAAGGGGCGUGUCGCCGUGGGCGCCGACGCAGACUUGGUGGUGUGGAACCCCAAGGCUACUAAAAUCAUCUCAGCAAAAACCCACAAUCUGAACGUGGAGUACAACAUAUUUGAAGGCACAGAGUGCCACGGGGUUCCUACCGUGGUCAUAAGUCAGGGAAAAGUUGUUGUUGAAGAUGGAAACCUGUGCGUCACCCAGGGGUCAGGCCGCUUCAUCCCAAGGAAGACCUUCCCCGAUUUUGUUUAUAAAAGGAUAAAGGCAAGAAACAGGCUGGCCGAGGUCCACGGCGUCCCCCGCGGGCUCUACGACGGACCCAUCCACGACGCCCUCGCCAGCGCCAAAGCCGUGGCCCCCGCCCCGGCGUCCCGGCUCCUGCCCUGCGCGGGCAAAGCCCAGGCUCCCCCCGUCCGCAACCUCCACCAGUCGGGGUUCAGCUUGUCCGGCUCGCAGGCGGACGACCACAUCGCCAGACGCACGGCUCAGAAGAUCAUGGCCCCCCCGGGCGGGCGCUCCAACAUCACCUCGCUGUCCUGACCGCUACGCUCCCCGUCCCUGUGCCCCCCACCGCAGCCAGCGCCACCCGCCAAGGGGACUCCAGGUCGCCCUCGAGCUCGGGAUGAAGAGCGAGCGUUCGUCAGCUGCCCCAGCCCCUUCUCGUAGGUAGAAAAUAGAGGAACCCCCCGCGAGGUAGCGCUCCCCUCCCGCCUCUCCCAGCCUCUUUCCCCAGUAGCUGCUCGAAAGCCCCUUCCUUGCGGGGGCAGCGCCACCCUCCCCCCGCAGCACCGCCUGCCCUGCCUGGGCCGAGGACUUUCAAUCCACAAACACAUCCGAAUCCGCAGCGGGGAGUCUCACCUGCGCUCGGCUCGGGGCUCAGGCCUGGC